AUGUGGCUUUUAGAGAAAAUCCGAGGCUCAGUGGACAACAGCGGUUCUCGCGGCAACGACUCGGCCGAUAAGCAGUCCAAAGGACCGUUGUACAGCAACGUCCUGACGCCGGAUAAAAUCCCGGAUUUUUUCAUUCCUCCCAAGCUGCCGACAGUGUCUCCUGAGGCAGAGGAAGGGAACACCAAACCGAAUCUGGGCACUUCGGCCUCCGAGCAGAAUUUAUCUGCCCGCAAAACUCAGCGCAGCCCUCGUUUGCCCGUGAAGGCCGUUUCGGAGAGCAAAAACCUUUUGAAAGCCGCCAGCCGACACAUCAUCCAGAUCGAGAGCGCGGAUGAAUGGAUGUCUGAAGAAGACUACAGUACCAAUGCAGACCCCCAGUCCCAGACAGCUAUGUCGCUGCCGUAUGUCCCCAAAGCACAGACCUCGUACGGCUUUGCAACACUGAUGGAGAGUCCUCACACGCGCCGCAAGGAGUCUCUUUUCCACAGCGAGCACACCAGCCUGUGCCCAUCCCAGUCCUCCUCGCCCAGUUCUCAACGGAGGUCCACCUCAGGAGGGGGCAAGACAAAUGGAGAGAGCACCCACCUCAACCCUUCGGACAUCAGCAUGUCGCUCAUGAAUCCCUACCGUUACUUCAGUGGAGGGGAGAGCGAUACCUGCUCCUCCGCGGAGUCCUCUCCCUUCGGUUCCCCACUGCUGUCCAGGUCGGUGUCCCUUCUGAAGAUCUUCAGCCAGGAGAGUCAAUCCAAGGUCAUCAAACUCAAACACUCGGUGGCUCGCAACAGUUCCCUGUCCACCGACGAUAGUUCGGCGGACACCAGUCCCAGCUCCCAGCGCCGCAUGCGCUGUGCAACCCCUCCGACUGGGGGAGCCACCGGUGGGGUGCAACCCCAGCCCCUCACCCCUGCGGACCCCCAAGACAGAUUCCACAAGGAACACGUGCUCAGUUUUAUCAAAGGAGGCAGCCUCCGCUUGGUGGCCCAAUACAAUCCGUCCAACGCCCGGCUGAGGGUGCGAGUUGUGGCCGCCGAAGACCUCUACGACAAGCACUGUGAUGUCAGGAGCAUCAACUGUUGUGUGUCUCUCUAUUUAAACCCCGGCAAGGUGCAGAAACAACGGAGCACGAUCAUCAAGAACAGCCGCAACCCCAUCUUCAACGAAGAUUUCUUUUUCGACGGGUUAGGCAUCAGCAACAUGAAGAAAAUGUCCCUCAAGGUCAAAGUGGUCAACAAAGGCAGCAGUCUCAAACGGGACACUCUGAUGGGCGAGAAGGAACUGCCCCUCACUUCCUUGCUCCCCCUUUUAUAA